CAGAGCUGAAAUUCUGAAUAUUUUAAAAGAAUAUUUGCGCCGUUUUUGCACUUAAUAUCUGUUUUUAUAUAAAAACUAAAAAGAAUUUCCGUUUGAGAAUAUCUAUACUUGGCAUCCUUCUGCGCCAUCCGUUUGGCAACUCCCCUUUCUCUCUCUUGAGAAAGCUUAAUGGUUGGCCCUUGAAACACCAUCUCUACCGUUCACCCCAUGGCUGUUUCACUGAAUUCGGUCAUCGGCUUCAACCCCACGACUAACUACCAGCAGGGGCGGAGAGAUAAUGCCGGGGUUUCGUUACUGAAGAUCUCUUCUCUCUCGGGACCGGUUGGAUUAAGACAAUGUACGCGAGGGACAAGAACAAGAUUCCACCUCGUAGCUGCUGGAGGUGAUAAUGUCGCCACAGAGACUAGUGUCACAGAUUCUAAACCCAUCGAGCCUCCAGACAGCGCCUCUGACGUAAAUCCUUCAACAGAAAGUGACAAAACUGAGGAACCUAAUGGGGCGAUCAGUUCUACAGAUGUGGGCAAGCCAAGCUCGAACGUGAAGAGAGCUUCAUUAACAGCAAGAGAGAGGCUGAGGGCAGCCAGGGUACUGAGCCGCUACACAGACUCGAAGCCAGCAAAACCCAUGCUUGGCAGCAGGCUACUCGACGCUCUGCAACAAUCAGAUAAGGGGAAGAAGCGGCCCGGGCUCCCCGAAGCACCGACCAACAUGUUAGACGACAGCAAACGAGGGAUGCCGAAGGAGGGCUGGACGAUAGAACUACCUGGUGGUAUGGAUGUGUUUUUCAUCAUACUAUCCUUUGUGUUGAUUAGCACGGUGAUGUUUGCUACUACUUUUGUUGUGUGGAAAGUGGGAGCCAUCCAUUUCAACGAAUACUAAGGGAGUUGGCUAUUAUCAUAGUUGUGGAGUUGGAUAGUAAAUCUCAGCAACAUAUUAGGUACAGUCUGCUGUUUUGAUUCCCUGUAAAUUGAAUAUUCAAGUAUCUAUCACCAUCACAUGCUUCAAUGAACUAAAUUUUGCUUUUGCAUACA